AUGGUGCUCUAUGAUCCUUGCCUCCUUCCUGGCUCCCAGACACAGAGGGGCCUUGGCAGUUCUCCACCGGCGGGGCCCACACAAUGCGACGACGGGAGCAGCGUGGUGGUGACAUGCCCGGGUCUGGCGGGGAGCCCCAGGGUGGGAGCCCUCGCCUGGUGCCCUGGUCCCUCGACGGCUGAGGGCCCGCCCCUGAGCGCGCCGCUGGCCCGCAGCUGCACAGGCGAGCUGGAGCCCCAACCCGUGUGGGGCCGGAGGCGGCGGUCGGGCCUGCCCGGCGCGGCCGCGCGGAGGACUCAGGCCGCCCCGGAGAAAAUGGAGCCGCCCAAGGCGCGCGGGAGAGGCGGGGCGGCGGGGGGUGAUGCCUCAGAGACUGAUAUGCUCUGGGCUGAUGGGGAAGAUGGAGUUUCCUUCCAACCCAGCAGUGAGCUCUACCUGCAGCCUCUGGCAGAUAUUAUCACAGAGAACCGUGGAGAAGUGGAGAUCAAACUGUACCUCAGUUGCAGUCAUUGCCUUUUGAAAGACUGUCAGUGGCAGGCAGAGUUCUGGUUGGUCAAAUGCAUGUGACUAGAGGGCACGGAGCUAACUGUGAAUAACAUCACCUGCAGGAGUAUUCCUGCCCCACUCCCAGGCCCUCUGGUUCUAUUAGUGGCUGUGAUGGCGACGUCUACACUGAGCCUCUGAUUCUGGGUACAGAUCAUCCAGCAGGCAUGGCUGAUUCAAGUGAACCCUAAGCAGUGGCAGGGCCUGUAAGGAACAAGACUGCCAGGCCCUAAGCUCAAGCUGAGCAAGCUUCAAUCCACCAUCAGGACAGCCCCCAAUCCCUACUACUGCCAGAUGGGGCUUGGCCCACCCCAGUCCUGGCCUCUGCCCCCAGGGCUUGUCGAGAUUUCCCCAGACAAUGUCACUCUGCUCAGAGCCCUGGGCCAUGCUGCCUUUGGAGAGGUCUGUGAGGUGCUUAUUGGCCUUCCUGAGGACCCCAGCCCCCUGCAGGGAGCUCUGUGCCCUCUUCCUCCCCAGAUUCUGGAACUCUGCUCUCCUCAGGAGGGUUUCCUGGAAUAGGCGCUCAUCAUCAGGUGCACCUGGGACCAGGGUGCCCCUCCCCUAAUUCUGCCGGAGUUGAUGUCUGGAGGGGACAUGAAGAGUUUCCUGAGGCACAGCAGGCCACACCUGGGCCAGCUGUCACCUCUGGCCAUGCAAGACCUGCUCUAGCUGGCCCGGGACAUAGCCCAGGGCUGCCACUACCUGGAGGAAAAGCACUUCAUCUACGGUUCUGGCAAAGACACUGCUGCCAGGAACUGCCUGCUGAGCUGCAGUGGGUCCAGCCAAGUGGCCAAGAUUAGGGGCUCUGGGAUGGCUAGAGAUGUCCAUAGAGCCAGUUAUUACCAAAACAGGGCCCAGGCUCUGCUGCUGGCCAAAUGGAUGCCCCCAGAGGCUUUCCUGGAGGGCAUCUUCACAACUAAGACAGACUCCUGGUCUUUUGGGGUACUUCUCUGGGAGAUCUCACGGCCCUAACCGGGACACACCAACCAGGAGGUGCUGGACUUCAUAGUCAGAGGGGAAUGGGUGGACCUACCUGGGGCAGUCCAGGGCCUGUGGUAUUGUAUCAUGACCCAGUGUUGGCAGCACCAGCCUGAACUCUGCCCUAGUUUUGCCAGCAUCUUGGAGUGUCUUCAUUACUACACUCAGGACCGUGAUGUACUGAAUUUACCACUGCCAAUGGAGCUAGGGCCUACCCUGGAAGAGAAAGGGGCUUCUGGGCCAGGGAGCAGGUCUUUGGAGUGCCUAAGAUCCCCACAUGCCCAGGAACUGAGUCUGGAGAGCUGGAAAGGGAGCUUCCUUGGCCCCUGGCUGCCCUCUGUCCUCAAGCCCCCCCAACCUGUCCACAACCCUACAGAUGCCUUUGAUAAAGAGCUCUUUUAA